ACCCACCCCCAUUUGCAGGCGGCACAAGCCAAGCACAGGCACCAAACCCCACACCCGCACCCAAGCACAGCAUUCCCCAAUCCCCAUUCCACUUUCCCCUUCUUCGCCAUGGCAAAGGCCCUCGCCCUCGCGGCGCUCCUCCUCGCCGCUGCCGUCCUGCUGCUCGCCGGCCGCGCCGACGCCGGGGCCGGGGAGGUGCCGCUCAGCUGGGAGCUGGGCGUGGAGGACGUGGCGGACGACGGGUACGGCUUCCCCGGCGGCGACGCGGUGGCAAGGCGCGUGCUGCAGAACAACGGCUACAUCAGCUACGGCGCGCUGCGGAGGGACAACGUGCCCUGCUCCGUCCGCGGCACCUCCUACUACAACUGCCGCCCCGGCGGCCAGGCCAACCCCUACAGCCGCGGCUGCUCCGCCAUCACGCGCUGCCGCGGCUGAUAACAAGCGUCCUCCGCCUCCUCCGAUCCGCCCCCGCCCCCGCCCCGUCUCCUUCGCUCGCUCCGCCGCAGGGAGUGCUUCUCUUUCAUGCUGCCGUUUUUAGUGCCCGAUUCCAAGAGGUCGUGUCUGUUGAUGUAAAUCGAAAUCUGAGUCGUCGUCGUCGUCUUCUUGUAUAAACUGUUGGAUUGAUGGGUGGAUGAUUGAUUGAUUGA